AGAGUAUGAAAACCUCAGCAUCACCAUUAAUGAACAAGAGAGCAAGCAGAGCAAAAAGGGCAAAAAAAUGAAAUAAAAGUCAAGAGAGAGACAAAACAGAUAGAAAGAGAGAUAGAGAGAGAACCCAACAUCAACAACAAGUCGGAAACAACGAUGUAGUUGUGUCUCUCUGAUUGUGUCAAUCAAAUCUCCCUUCUUUAUAUAUAAAUAUAUAUUUUCUCUUUUUCUCUUUCUUUGUUGAGUUCCAUGAUUUUCAGGCCUCAUCUUUGAAUCCAAUCUCUAGAUAAAAACUGCUGAAAUCUUCUUCUUUUUCUGAAAAUCAAAAUCAGAAUCAAAAUCCCAUUUUGAUUUUCCAGAGAUUCCAGAUUUGUUGCCUUUUUCUCGCCCUUUGUGUUGACCCCAAGGCAUAUCUUGUUGUUUCCAGAGGAAUAAUUGGGAUGGAAGGUGAUGUGUUUUCAGGGUUCAGCAAUGGGACUCAAAUAGAUGGGAAAGUUUUGCAGACAUUUCAAAAGAGCUUUGUGCAGGUACAAGACAUCCUAGACCAAAACAGGCUGCUAAUCAAUGAGAUUAACCAAAACCAUGAGUCCAAAAUCCCAAACAACUUGAGCCGCAAUGUGGGGUUAAUUAAAGAGUUGAACAACAACAUUAGAAGAGUAGUUGAUCUCUAUGCUGAUCUCUCAACCUCUUACACAAGGUCAAUGGAGGUUUCAUCUGAAGGUGAUUCAUCAGCUGGCACAUUCAAAUCUGAUGGUAAAGCUACUAGUCAGAAGAGAAUCAGAUCUGGGUAAAAAACAAAAAAACAACAACAACAACAACAACAACACAACAAAAACAAAAACUCAAUCUUUAGUUAACAUCCUAGGUAAUUUGCAUUUGUAAUAAUGUAUGUGGAUUUGUUUUGUUUAUUAUAAAUUGAGUAUAGGGGUUAUCUUAUCUGUACUUUGGCUGCAAGUUUAAUUAUUGUUUAAUGGACCUUAAGGUGAAUUCUUAACUCUGUCAUUAAAA